AUGCCAAUCAAUGAGGUUUACGAUCCUCUAGAGGAAAGUGAUGAUUUUACGGGGAUCUGCGAACGAUGGAUAACGAAUAUCUACGACUUCUACUACCAAGAUGACCAAUACGACUUCGAAUCUCUUGAUGAAGACGAAAAGAACUCCCAUGCUGCUGAUUUCUUUUACUGCAUCUACGACUCAGCCGAAAUCCCGGCUGAUUUUACAAGAUCCCGCGCUUGUCAGCAGUAUAUCAAGUCAUUUUAUUUCUUUGACAGUGCAGAGCUGGCUUCGUACAAAACAAGUGGAGGCAAGUGUAUUGAAGAGAACGGCGAAUCUUAUGAAAUGGAGGAUGAGCUUUUUGAAAUGCUCGAAAAUUUGAUUUAUACGUCAAAAUUUACUCCGAUGAACAUCGAGGCGUCGAUGGAAGUUCAGAGCAUUAAUGAAGUCAUGAUUCAUGAAAGCUCGAUGGAUUCAACAAUAAUCAUCUAUCUCUCCUGGACUGACGAGCGUCUCACCUGGAAUGCUUCUGAACACAACGAAAUCUACUCUAUUUUCGUUCCUUACGAAAAGAUCUGGACACCACCGUUCGAAAUCGUAAACCUGGACGAGUACCUCAAUGAAGGUAUAAUUUUCUACUACGACGCAAAGAUAACAACCAACGGGGACGUCUCCACGAAGAUCAAAAUGCGCCUCAAGACUUCCUGUGAGAUCGUUCAAAAGCUCUAUCCUUUCGAUCUUCAAGAGUGCGCUAUUGAUUUGGCAACGCCAAACUUAGACACAACUUUUCUCAAUUUCCGAAUUGGAACGUGGAAUGAAGUUCAAAAACCAAAAAUCUCUCGGACGAAAAAUGAAACUUCGUACAACGAAACUGACCUGAAUGUGGCCAAGAAUGCCUUUUUCGACGAAAACCCAGAGUGGAAUUUGAAAGCAUUUAAAUAUUCUGUCUCCACGAGCUCAAACAAUAAAAACCAGCAGUUCUCAAAGCUAUCAACUUCAUUUUUUCUCCAACGGCAGAUUGCAUUUUACGAAAUAACUCUUUUGCUACCAAUUGUGUGCCUAAACAUCCUCGUCUGUGUUGGCCUCUGGAUUCCCAUAAGCAGUGGAGAGACGAUAAGCUACCAGGUCACCAUGCUACUGACCAUCGUUGUCUACUUGGAUGUUCUUUCUUCUAACAUCCCGGUCUUCAAAGAAGUUGCAAAUGCACCUCAAUUACUGAUCCUUUUUAUUAUCAGUUUAAUCGCCAGUGUGGCCAGUAUGAUUAUCUUGAAUUUUUAUGAGCGCAAAGGAGACUUUGAUUUCAGUUUAUAA